UGAUAAGUGAUAAGGAUAACUUAAUUGUUGGCAUAAUUUUUCGUUCACAAUUUAAAUAAAUAUCUAUGUAUUACAUUUGUGAGUUAUAAUUUGUGAAUAGUCAUUCAACUAUUCUUACAUAGCAUAAAUAUCGCCGGAUUACAAUUUUAGAAUUAUGGAGGUUAGUAAUUAAUUACAGCACAUUCACAUUUUGUAAAUGAUUGUGUUAUUCAAAUUAACAAUUUUUUUUCCUAUUAUUGGUAUAUUUUGUCUGUAAUAAAAACACUAAUAAGUAAUGACAAAAAUAAUAUAAUAGAAAUAAAUACUUUAAAAUGUGAUAUUUAUUAAUGACAUUGUCUCGUUUAAUGCGUUUCAAUUGUUAUCACUAUUUUGUAUACGACUUGGAGUUGGUUAGGAAUCCAUGAAAUAGGUGAAUCAUACUAAUAAAAGACACCUGUUACAUGGACACCUAUAACCAGUUCCAAGUUUGAUUGAUCAUAAUGAUGGACAAUCUUGGACCAAACAAGAAAUUUUAAUCAAGACCAAUGACUAUUGUCCAGACAUCACAAUGAAGUGCCUGAAAAUAUUCAACAGAUUAAGAUUAGGUGUUACUCUUGAAAAUGGAAGAACAAACAUAAGUGGAGAUUCAUUAAUUUUAGUUUGAGUGGUCAAUAAAUUGAAUAAACAAAUGAGUCUUUUUUUUAUGAAAAGACAUAACAAAUAUCUAUGACAGAGGUAGCUAAAGGUAUCAAUCUUUUUUACUCAUGGCACUCUAAAGUAUUUGCUACAAAUUCAAUGGCACCCUAUAGUAUUAUAGUAGUAGGUAUAUCGUGUAUUUAUAUUUAUAUUUUAUAUCUUCGGUUUUCUAAGCAUAACCAAACAUUAUACAUACAUAGGGGCAGAUCUAAGAAAUAAAUAAGGGUGGAGGCUUAAUUUAUUGAUAUUGUAGUUAGGGUUGUCAUAUGUCCCGAAAAUAAAUGUUGGGGCGCCUAUAUAUCCCGGUUUGAGAAAAAAUGUAUGAUAUUUAAUUCUGACAUUUAUUUCAAAUAAUAAUUGUAAUUGUGAAAUAAAAUAUUUUAUUUUUAACAAAUACAAUAUAAAACAAAGAUGAAAAAAACAAAAAAAUCUUAUUUUGUAUCCAAAUACUUAUUAUUAUGGCUCAGGAAUUAUAGCACAUAAAACGUACAAAUUCUUAAAAAUGUCGAAAAUAACACUUAAAAGAUAUUUUUAAAAAAGUGAAAAUUAUAAGGACCAUAUAAUUUCCUCUAAUGUCUAAAUUUAGAAAACACUCUUUUCUAAUAUUAUAAAUAUGAUAAAAACAAAAUUACAAGUAAUCAUUUUUUAUAAUACUCAACAACUUAAAAAUUAUAAAAAAGAUUAAUUUCUGUUUGUGGUACUAGAAAAUUGUGUGUUAAAGUUAGAGGGAGUAUUUUUUUAUAGCUCCCUAAUAUUUUUAAUUUUUAUAAAAUAUUUUAGUUCCUUUUUUGAUGUUUUUUUGUGGAUUUUAAUUGCUUUAAGUCCAAGCCUUCCUUAUUACUCUAUGUUUUAAAUUAUCUUUUUGAAAUUAAAAAAAAAAAAAAAAAAUAAAUAAUGUGUUCUUUUUAUAAUAAAUGUAUAAUUUACUAAAACAUAAAUACAAUUUGUAUUUUAUUGUUUUAGUGUAUAAAAUAAUAAGUCAGUUUUUUAUAAUACAUUGGUACCUAUAUAAUAUGAUUCAAUCACAUUUAUAGGUUAAUUUGUUUUGCUAUUUCUUCUGUCCGUUCUGGAUUUGCUUGAUGAAAUUAUGGCAACCCUAAUUAUAGUUUUAGUAUAAAAAUGUAAUUAAGUGAUUUAAUUUUUAAAUACUUGUGAAACUAACCUUUCUGAUUGAUUAAUUAAAUCUUUCAGGAUCUUAAACGAUAUAUGCUCCAAACAUUGAGUAAAGUUGAAGAUCUCUAUUCUAUACUCAUAUCUGAUCAUGAUGGUGUUGUGAUUAUAAAAGGUAAGCAUUACUGUAUAAAUCAAAUAUACUUUUAAUAAUGAUAUUGUAAAUUAAACAAAUUUAUGUAAAAAUUGAUGAGAAAUACUAAUCUAUUUGUUAUGGAUAAUAUUUUUAUUUUAUCAAUUUAACACGUAAAAUAUUUAUUUCUUAGCUCAUGCAACCAAAACUGCGGAAAAAAAUUAUAAUUUUAAACCAUCUUUUUUGUCUGGAUUUAAUUCUGCUUCAGAACAGGCAGUAAAAUUAGAACUUGGAAAAAACAAAACAGUUAUUUGUUUUUAUAAAAACAAUCAGGUAUGUAUUCAUAUUUUAUAAAAUAUUAUUUAUAUUUAAAAAUUAUUUUAGAUUCUGAGUGUAGCAAGUAAUGUAUUGGUUUUACAGUGAUAUUUAUGUAUUUAUUUUUUAUGUGAACACUUUCUACUGGAAAGCAUACUAUGAUUAUCAAUUAUAGCACCUUUUCUGAAAGGAAGUGUUCUCUGUGUAGUUCUAUAAAUAAAUUAUUUUUUGAAAUUUUCCUUAAUAUAUUCGAGAUAAUGAGGAAAGCUUGGUUCUUCUUUAGGUUAAAAAAGUUUGAAAAAUUAAAAAUAAGGUUGUCAUUGGCAACCGUUUUUAUUUAUUUAUUGUAAUUAUUAAGCUUUUAUUAUUUUAAAAUCUUUUCUAAACAAUCAUUGUUGUCUUGGAAACGCACAUUGUUGUGAUCAUUUUUUUAUAAUAUUACAUAUUAUAUAUUGUUGACAAAGUAAGACUAUCAACUGAAUUCCGAUCAGAAUCGUUCUUUUGUUAGCAAUAGUUUAUCGUUGCUUACAGAUAUACAUUUAAUUCCCAUCUGUAACAUGCCUUCCAAACUCUCCACCUAAAAAAGCGGCUGUACCUACAUGUGAAGUAUAUUCAUCCUUUUCUUUAACAUAAUAAUAAUAAUUAUUAUCAAAUAUGUAUUUUGUUUCAUAAAAAGUCAAAAGAUCUUAAAAAUAUCUUUUGAUAUUCCAUACUUUGAUUCCCAAAUAAAAUAUUAAGUUUUUCAAAGUUAAUCUGAAAUAAAUUACAUAUUAACAUUUAAAAAAAAAAGACUGACAUACAUUGUACGAUAGGUGGAUCACUGUUGUAUAUGAGAAUUUGAGAAGGUAGGAUAUAGAGGGGAAUUUAAUGUAUAUCUGUGAGCAAAGAUAAAUUAAUGCUAAUGAAAAAACGAUUCUGAGCUCGGUUAAUAAUAUUGCUUUUUCAAUGAUCAAUAUGUAAUAUUAUAGUAAAAUAAAUAUAUAUUGAAACAUUUUGUAUGGAUUAGUAAGAAGAUUUGUUCCACAUAAUUUAUUACUAAAACAAUUUUCGUCAAAUUUGAUAUUAAAAUUCUUAUAAAAAAAAAAUACUGCAUUAUACUAGGGUAUAUCUACCCUAGUAUAGGGUAUACCUAUACUAGGGCAUUACUAUCUGGGUUACCAGAUUAUAUUUUCCCGAACCCAGGAUAUUUUGAAUAUAAAUAUAUAUAAAUAAAUAAUAUUUACUUUUUUUGAUUAUUAAGUAUUUUUUUAAAAUUAAUUAUGCAUGCAAGCAAUAUUAUACAAAAAAACUAUUAAUCUUAUUAUUUAUAAAUUAUAGUUUACAUGCGUUUUCAAUCAAAUUUUACAACUUGGUUCAAUCAAAAAAAAAAAAAAAAAACAAAUGAUAUAGUAAUUUAUUGAUCAGUCUUCAAAACUUUCAGAGUCCAGGAUUUCUCCUGUGGAUUUUACUAAAUAUUUGGCUGAUCCAUGACCUUGUUUUAAUAAAAAUUUGUUUUCGAGAAUUUGGUCGUAGAAUUCUUCACAAUAUGUAUUAUUGAAGUACGUUUUUAUAAUAAGAGAAGCUAAUAAGAAAAUAGCACACAUCAAUUAGUUUAAUCAAAACAAAAUAAAUAUUUUACAUAAAUGGAAAUCUAAAGUUAACAGCGUGAACAGACACAUAUAACAAUAUUGAACAGUAAACUACUAAACUUUAAAGUAGAUAACAUUAUUAGAGUAGUGGUUUUAAUAAGAACCAUUAAGAUUUUGAUUAUCGCGAUAAUAAAUUUUGGGUUUGAACAUAGAAAGUCUAAAAAUAAAUUACCUAAGAUUAUCGCGCGAAUAAUUAUGAACUUUGUUAUCACUAUAAUAUUUUCAACUAAUUGAAAAUCAAUAUUUUAUUGUUUUAUUGAGUAAAGUUUUAAAACCGGGACAAAUCAAUGUCCCGAAACACUUUCUCGGUACACUGGGACAUUUGAAUAAAAAUGGUAGUGUCCUGGCAAAACUGGGACGUAUGGCAACCCUACAUUAAACUCAAUUCUUUUUUGUUUUGACCACAAAGUAUGAUUUCUAAUGAACUUCCAUUAAAUUUUCAAUCAUUAUUGAUUAGUCCAAAAAUUUUACUAAAGAGUACCUACUGAAUAAAAAUUACAUACAAAACUCGUCUAGAAAAGGCAAAUACAAGUUUUGUAUUCAAAUUUCAAGUCUAUAUAAAUAUUUAACUGAAUUACAACAACAAAAAAAAUUGAAAAUAAUAAAACUAUUAUUUUUGUUAAUUUUCCCAUUUUAUCUCGGGUUUUCCCAAAUAUUAUAAAAAAACUUUAGAAAACCAUCGAAGCAAUAUUUCUAGUAGACAUUUUUGUCACAAUAUAAAAAAAUUAAUAUCAUUGUAAGGCCAGUACAUUCUUUGCUACACCGAGAAUCUAAAAUUGUAUUUACAAUUAAUAAUAAAUUAAAUACUUGUGUAACACACUCAAAUAAAAUAUGAAAUAUUAUAAUUGUAUAUUUUGAAUUAAUUUAUGAAUUUAAAAAUGUUGGUUUUUUAUUUUAAUAGGUUGUCCAAUUAAAUUGUUCAAGAUUUUUAAUUACAUUUAUUGCUGCUGAAAAAGCUAACACUGGCAAUAUAUUGGCAUUAGAAAGACUAUUGGAACCAUUGCUGAAAGAUUUAAGAGCCAUCCAGUUUUCUUGAAUUCCAUUUUUAUUUUGUUCAAAAAUUGUAUAAUGUUAUGCUUAGGUACCUAUCAAAAAUAAUUAUUUAUAAUAAUUUAUUUUGAAUUUGAAUCAUUGUCCAUUUAUUUAAAUAAAUAUAUAAGUUAUAAUAUUUGAAUGAAAUGGAUAUUUUCAACAACAGAUAUUUUUUAUGUUUUUAAGUAUUAAUCAACAAAACAGUUUUUAUUGUUUUUUCUUUUUUUAAUAAAUGUU